CCCCAUGGGAAAAAGGCCGAGGCCCAGGUUGUCCACUUGGCCCGUAAGGCGUAAGCAGCGACACCCGCAGCCGCAGGCGGCAGGCGGCAUCGCGGCGCGACGGCCAUGGACCCCGAGCCCCACCGCGUCGACGCCUCCCUCGCUCCAAACCCUAGCCGCCGCCAGCCACUCCUCCGGCCGGGCAAGUCGACGGCCUUCAAGCGCGAGGAGCGCCGCAAGCGCAAGGAGCGAAAGCAGCAGGAGCGCCUCGCCCUCGAUCUCGAGCGGUGGGAGCCCCUCGGCGCCCCGCCCCGCCCCGCCGCCGCUGCGGCCUCCCCAUCCCGCGCCGCGCUACCGGACAAGCCGUGGGUGUGCGACCCGCCCCCGGAACCCGAGCCCUCCGCGUCCUGGGGCUGUGGCUGGGGCCCGCCGGCGGCGGAACCCCCUCGGGAGCCGCCGGUGCCGGCGGCCGUGUCCCCGCAGGCCGCCGCCGUGGAGGCUUGCCGCGCCUUCUUCGGUGAGCACGUCGACCACGACGACGGCGACGACGAGGAUGAGGAAGAGGAGGAAGGCAAUGUGGCCCGGUUCUUCCAGGAGCUACUGGAGAAGGACGCGGGCCUGAGGGGGUUCUACGAGGCGGAGCGGGAGAAGGGCCGGUUCCUGUGCCUCGUGUGCGAGGGGAUCGGCGCCAGGGCGGGCAAGAGGUUCGCCGGCUGCGCGGCGCUCGUGCAGCACGCCGGAUCGGUCGCCCGGGCCGGGAGGAGGAUGGCGCACCGGGCGUUCGCGGACGCCGUCGGCCGGCUGCUGGGCUGGAGCGCCGGCCGGACCACGGCUUUGCAGACGGAUUCUGACAAUGCUGGCAUGUGCGAUGAAGAUAUUCACUGCGAGGAUGUUCCGCAAAGCGCAGAAAUGGAGAUGUGUCCUCAUCAGUGAUCGGUGUACAAGGACCCAGUAGCCUAUUUAACAGCUAAUUUCCCUCCGGAAGAGAGUCGUCUUUUGUUCAGAAAGCUUUGCUAAUCUGAAGGUCGUUUUUCUUUUGUCAGAAAGUUUUGGUUCUCUGAACGUUCUAUGCUGCGAAUUGGGAAGAUUAACUAUUUGAACCCCAUGACGUGUAUAAGUGUAUUGGCACUAAAAGGAAAUGGCUUCUUGAUGAGUCGAUAUCCAUUAGGCACAAA